CUCAGCGCAGGCAAGUCCUGUUCCUUAGGCAGCCGGUGCUGACCCUGUAACCCAAGGGAGGAAAUAGCAGCUGACUCAGCGGUGGUACUGGUGGCCACCAUGUCCCUGAAGAUUCAGACGAGCAACGUAACCAACAACAAUGACCCCAAGUCCAUCAACUCGCAGGUCUUCGCUGGAAACCUCAACACAGCUGUGAUGACCAUCUUCUCCAUGUAUGGCUGUGUGGCCGGCUGCGCCGUGCACAAGGGCUAUGCCUUUGUCCAGUAUGCCAACGAGCGCCAUGCCCGGGCAGCUGUGCUGGGAGAGAACGGGCGAGUGCUAGCCGGGCAGACCCUGGACAUCAACAUGGCCGGAGAACCCAAGCCCAACAGACCCCAGGGGCUCAAGAGAGCAGCAUCUGCCAUAUCCAGUGGCUACAGCUUUGACUUUGAUUACUACCGGGACGACUUCUGUGACAGGCUGUUCGACUCUCGGGGACAUCCGUCACCUGUGCUAGUGCCCAGGGCGGUCCCUGUGAAGCGACCCCAGGUCACAGUCCAUUUCGUCCGAUGCGUCAAAACUACCAUACCUGUCAAGCUCUUUGCCCGCUCCACAGCCAUCAGCAGCGGCUCAGCCAAGGUCAAGUUCCAGAGCAGUGAGCUGCAGACCAUCAAGACAGAGCUGACACAGAUCAAGUCCAACAUUGACGCCCUGCUGGGCCGCUUGCAGUUCAUAAGCCAUGAGCUAAAAAUAUUGAAUAAGCCAGAUGUGAUCACUGAAAUCAUUUGA